UUUCAGGCUGUGGCUUCACUGCCGGAAGACAUGAGACCUGGUCCUGAUCUGUAUGGUUUCCCAUAUGAAAUAGUGAUUUAUGUUGGCAUUGUUGGAGCCUUUUCAGUUCUCUUGUUGCUAUAUAGAAGUUACCAUUCGGUUAGAAGUCGACUUUAUGUAGGAAGGGAAAAACAGCUUGCCAAUAAAAUUGCUGAACUAGUUGAAGACAAAUGCAAAAAUCUUGAAAAACUCAGCCUUUGCAAAAAAGAGUUUGAAGAUUUAGAAUUGUCUCUGAAAGAUGGUAACAUUAUGAAAGAAUUGACAGACACAUCUUUUUUUGAGGAAAUGCAUGAAAAACUGAACAAGUCGAACUUGGAACUCAACCAAGAAAUAGAGAAUUUAGAAAAAGAACUGGAAGAAGAAAAAUCAAAGCAAUCAGAAAAUGAUAACUUGGUGGCUGAAAGUCAGGAGAGAGUGGAGUCUUUAGAGAAUGAAGUAAAAUCUCUCCAGUCACAAAUCGAUGAGGUGAAGUCCACCUUAAAAGUGUAUCAGAUUAAUACAGAGAGACUCAAGACAUCUGUUCAAGAUGCAGAAGAUGAAAACUGCCAUCUCCAGGAAAGUGAAAAGCAGCUUUUACAAGAAGCUGAAGGAUGGAGUGAACGAUUUAGUGAACUAAAUGAACAAACUAAGAUGCUUGAAUCUUCUAAAGCAGAUAUAGAAGAAGUACUGAAAAAUAAAGACAGUCAAGUCAAGUCACUAACACAAUACUUACUGAAGAUGAAAGACUGGAGUUCAGCAAUAAGAGAAGAUGAUGAUACUGAAGAUAAUCACUGGGACACAGAUAUAAGGGGUGAAACAGAGAAUGGAGAGCAUUUAGAUGAUCAGCAGAAACGAACUGUGAAGAAAUUGAUCUAUGCUGCAAAGUUAAAUGCUUGUUUAAAGACCCUGGAAACAGAAAGAGAUCAAAUGUAUUCAAAACUGUCUGAUGAAAAUAAAGCUAAAGGAGAACUUACAGAACGUAUAGAAAAUCUUCAAAGUCAGCAAGCUUCCUUGCAGUCUGAAAAUGAACAUUAUGAAAGUGAAGUUCAAAAGCUUCAGCAGAAACUUAAAGUAAUGACUGAACUUUAUCAAGAAAAUGAAAUGAAACUACACAGAAAGCUGACAGUAGAAGAGAGAGAACGCCUACAGAAAGAAGAAAAGCUUUCUAAAGUAGAUGAAAAAAUUAAUCAUGCUGCUGAAGAACUCAACAGCUACAGAGAGCGAGCAAAAGAUCUUGAAGAAGAGCUAGAAAGAACCAUUCGUUCUUACCAGAAUCAGAUUACUUCACAUGAGAAAAAAGCUCAUGAUAAUUGGCUCGCAGCCCGAGCAGCUGAAAGACACCUCAGUGAUAUAAAAAAAGAAAAUGCACAUAACAGACAAAAAUUAACUGAAGCAGAAUUUAAACUUGAUCUUUUAGAAAAAGAUCCUUACGCUCUUGAUGUUUCAGCUAGACCAUUUGGCAGAGAGCAUUCCCCAUAUGGACCCUCACCAAUGGGCCGGCCUUCAUCUGAAACAAGAGCUUUUCUUUCUCCUCCAACUUUAUUGGAGGGUCCUUUAAGGCUUUCACCUAUGCUUCCAGGUGGAGGAGGAGGAAGAGGAUCCAGAGGACCAAUGUAUGAAGCUGGUGAUGAAAGAGAGCUGAGUUCUGAUCCGCACAGACCACCAUCAGAUACUGGAUCUCUGUCUCCUCCUUGGGAUAGAGAACGCAGACUAAUUCUGCCUCCACCAGGUGAGCCUUAUGCUGAUCCAGUUCUUCCUCCUCGAAGACAAGAAAGAUUUUUCCCUAAUCCUCCAAACACUGGAAGACUUUCUGGACCAGCAGAACUACGAACUUACAAUGUGCAGUCUUUUGAUAAAAUAGACGGACAAACAUCUUCAGAUAAUAGCCCACGAACAGAACCAAGUGGAAAUGGGAUGAAAGACCAUUCUAACCUUAGUAAGUCACUACCUGAUCAGUCGCUGGCAUCUGAAGGUGAUGCUAUCAGUUCAGGGUUUGCUCCUCCACCUUUCCCUCCAGUCAGACCUCCAACGAUGCCUGUGGAUCCUAGAGCACCUUUAAUGCGAUGGGGUCCUCCUUUUCCUCCCCCUCCUGCUGGCAUGUAUGGACCACGUGAAUGUUUUCCAGUACGAGACUUUGGGAUGCCACGCCCUCCGCUGCCAAUAAGAAAUCCAUUUCCAAUGAGAUCUUAUCCUCACUAUCCACCACCACACCCUGGAUUUUUGCCUCCACCACCUCCGCCUGAAAGCAGAGUUGAGCCACCUCAGUCAAAUCCAUCAGCUAGAGAACAACCUGACCCUCAGCAGGAGACUUGACAGUCGUUUGAGCACUGUGCUGAACCCCUCCUCUACUCUGCAAAUCGCAUCUCUCCUU